UAAAGUAUUGUCUUUUAUUCUUUUAUUAGCAAUAAUGUAGUAUACAUUAUACUGAGGAACAAAGUGUUUUGAUCGCUCGCCGCUCUCACAUUGUCGUAGAUUAUACUGUACAACGUUUUCUUUUUAGUGUUCAUUUCAUUCAUUAAACUUACUUAAUGUUCAGUUUUAUUAUAAAAUAUCUGAACAGAUGCUUAGAAUAACCCGUAAAGCAAUAGUUAAUUUCCCUGGUAACUUUUUACUUAUAUGAUGCUGUAACUCAGUUACUAACUCACUUUUGGAUGGAGUAACUACAACAGAUUACCCUUUUUUGAAAGUAACUCGUCCAAAUCUUCUGAGGACGAGGAACUCGGACGGUCGUCGGGACUGAGAGGUGAAAUGGCGCAGACAGGAGUUCAGCUGCAGAGAGAAACCUUCUCUUGUCCCUGCUGUUUGGAUCUUCUGAAGGAUCCGGUGACUCUUUCCUGUGGACACAGCGUCUGUAUGAACUGUAUUAAAGACCACUGGGACAAAGAGGAUGACAGGAGGAUCUACAGCUGCCCUCAGUGUAGAGAGGUCUUCACACCGAGGCCUGAAGUGAAGAAAAGCACCAUGUUAGCAGUUUUAGUGGAGGAGCUGAAGAAGACUGGACUCCAAGCUGCCCCUGCUGAUCACUGCUAUGCUGGAGCUGAAGAUGUGGCCUGUGAUGUCUGCACUGGCAGGAAACUGAAAGCUCUCAAGUCCUGUUUGGUUUGUUUGGCCUCUUACUGUGAGGAACAUCUCCAGCCUCAUCAUCAAUCACCUCCAUUCAAGAAACACAAGCUGGUGGAGCCGUCCAAGAACCUCCAGGAGAACAUCUGCCCUCGUCACAAUGAGGUGAUGAAGAUGUUCUGCCGCACUGAUCAGCAGUGUAUCUGUUAUCUCUGCCCUGUGCAUGAACAUGAAGACCAUGACACGGUCUCAGCUGCAGUAGAAAGGAAGCAGAAGCAGAGAGAGCUGGAUCUGAGUCUAAAUGAAAUCCAGCAUACAGUCCAGGACAUAGACAGAGACGUGAAGGUGCUUCAACAGCAGAGAAAGACUCUCAGUCUCUCUGCUGAUAAAGCAGUGGACGACACUGACAAGACCUUCACUGAGAUGAUGCGUCUCCUGCAGAAAAGAAGCUCUGAUGUGAAGCAGCAGAUCAGAUCCCAGGAGGAAACUGAAGUGAAGCGAGUCAAAGACGUUGAGAAGAAGCUUCAACAGGAGCUCACUGAGCUGAAGAAGAGAGAAGCUGAACUGAAGCAGCUCUCACUCACACACGACCACAACCAGUUUCUCCUCAACUUCCGCUCACUGUCAGCUCUCAGUCCAUCCACACACUCGUCCACCAUCAACGUCUGUCCUCAGAGACACUUUGAGGAAGUGACAGCGGCUGUGGCAAAGGUCAGAAGUCAACUGCAGGACGACCUGACCAAGACGUGGACAAACUUCUCACUGGCUGUGGCUGAAGUAGAUGUUUUACUGCCAGAACCAGAACCAAAGACCAGAGCUGAAUUCUUCAGAUAUUCACAGGAAAUCACACUGGAUCCAAACACAGUAAACACACGUCUGUUAUUAUCUGAGGGAAACAGAAAAGUGACAUUUAUGAAGGAAGAUCAGUCUUAUUCCAGUCACACAGACAGAUUCAUUUAUUGGUGUCAGGUCCUGAGUAAAGAGAGUCUGACUGGACGUUGUUACUGGGAGGUGGAGUGGAGAGGGAGAGGAAGAGGAGGAGGAGUUUCUGUAGCAGUGACGUACAAGAACAUCAGCAGAUCAGGGAGUUCAGAUGAAUGUUCGUUUGGAUUCAAUGACAAAUCUUGGGCUUUAGUUUGUAAACAAAACAGUUGUGAGUUUGUUCACAACAGAAUCGGGACUAAAGUCUUUGAUGGUUUGUCCUCCAGAGGAGGAGUUUACCUGGACCACAGAGCAGGUCUUCUGUCCUUCUACAGAGUCUCUGACACCAUGACUCUCCUCCACAGAGUCCAUACUACGUUCACUCAGAAUCUCUAUGCUGGAGUUAGGUUUCAUUCUUCUUCUUCAUCUGGAGACACAGCUGAGUUCUUUAAACUGAAAUAGACUUGAGUUCUUUCAGGACCAGUGAGUUGUUGUGGGUUUUUUGUAUCGAUGUCAGAUUCUUUGACGUUUGGUCAAAUUAUCAUCAUCACGAUGAUCAUCAAUGAGGAGGUGAUUUGAGAUUUCAUCGUUUCUGUCACAUUGAGGUGAAACAAAGUCAUUCAAAGUGUCUAUCUAUUGUUGAUGUUUGUAUUAUAUCAUCAUGUUGUCAUCGUUUUAUUCCUUAUAUCCCGUGGAGUUUGUUUCAUUAAAACAGAUUAUUCUUAACAUGUUUGAAGUUGAGGGUGAAAAUAAAUUCAAAACAAAA